CAUGUGAAAAGCCCUCCCUCCCAUCAAACAGGUUUCUUGUCUUCCGGUUUCUGGUAGAUCACCACUUGGGUUGGGAGAAAAGAACAGACAAUGGAAGCGAGUUGAGAGCUACCUCGGUUGAACAUCAUCGAAUCGAAUAAUCACUUUUACACAUGACUUAUUCUUCUAUUCCGAUUUAAGCCCCUAAACGAACUAUCGAAGCCACUUCAAAAACUACUCUUAGAUUGCUUCGAUGGUCGAUCACUACAACAAGCUGGUUAAACUAGCGGCGAGGGCUUUCUACGAUGAUCUAACGAGUAAAGGAGAGAAUCAACCCAAAUCGGGAAGGAGUGAUAACAGAGGAAUCGCUGUGGUGAUUCUCGACGCUCUCACAAGGCGACAAUGGGUCCGAGAAGAAGACUUGGCAAAAGAUCUCAAAUUACACACAAAACAGCUUCGCCGAACUCUCCGGUUUUUUGAAGAGGAGAAGAUCAUUACUCGAGAAUAUAGGAGAGAGACAGCAAAAGGAGCAAAAAUGUAUAGUGCUGCUACAGCUGCUACAGUUGAUGUUCAGCUGACUGGAAAAGAGGGAGAAGAAAAGGUCAAGCUGCACACGCACUCUUACUGUUGUCUAGAUUAUGCACAGAUAUAUGAUGUGGUUAGGUACAGAAUACAUCGCAUGAAAAAGCUGCUGAAAGAUGAAUUGGACAACAAGAACACAAUUGAGGAAUAUAUCUGUACAAAAUGUGGAAAAAGAUAUAAUGCUCUGGAUGCAUUGCGAUUAGUAUCUUUUGAAGAUGAUGACUUCCAUUGUGAAAGUUGUAAUGGAAAACUUGAGGUAGAAAAUGACAAAUUUGUUGCUCAAGAAGGGGGUGAUGGAGAUGAAAAUGCAAGAAGACGGCGCCAUGAAAAGUUAAAAGACAUGCUUCAGAAGAUGGAGGCACAGCUGAAGCCUUUAAUGGACCAACUCAGCCGGGUGAAAGAUUUGCCUGUUCCAGAAUUUGGCAGUCUUCUAGCGUGGGAAGCUCGAGCUAGUGCUAUGGGGCGUGCAGCCAACGGAGAUAUGUCUGGUGAUUCUAAAAUGUCUCAGCUUGGAUAUAAUGGAGCACCAAUGCCUUAUAGUGGAGAUACUAAGGUUGUGGUGGACUUCAAUGGGACUGAAGACAUAAAGGAUGUUAAGUCUGAAACUGGAAGUGCAUCUCUAAAGGUUUUGCCACCAUGGAUGAUUAAAUCAGGGAUGGUUCUUACAAAGGAACAACGUGGAGAGGUGAAGGAGGAAAUAAAGAUGGAUGGGACUUCAACUUCCUCAUCAGCACAGUACUUGGACGACAAGAAAUCAACAGUUGACCAUGAUGAUAAGAAAAAUAUACAGGAUGAGUAUAUUAAAGCUUAUUAUGCUGCUUUGCUUAAACAACAACAUGAAUUGGAAGCUGCUAGUAAACAAGAAUUGCCAAAUACACUCACUGCAAAUGAUCCUUCUAGCAGUGCUUCUAAUCGUCAAGUUGGCAUGAAAUCAAAACUUGAGGAAGAUGAUGAUGGUACUGAAUGGGAGGAGGCUCCAGUUGCAGGUAUUGGAAAUGAAAAUUACAAGGUCGAUUUGAAUGUUGAAGCUGAUGAUACUCCAGCUGAUGACGAUGAAGAAGUGGACUGGGAGGAAGGUUGAUGAAAAGAACAGUAAGGUUCACAAUAUAUAAUUUUUGAUGGCAUAUACUUAUAUUCAACAAAUGGCAGCAGUUAUAUGACUGAUGUCUCCUCACAAUAAUGCUACUAUUCAGUUAUAUUUCCGGGGGCCUCAACGGUGGGAAACUCCAUUACAAUAUAUAUUUUUUCUACCAGAAGUUUAAUUUGGUGUUUCUGGGGGAAGUAAAAUCUAAUGCUUUGUUGUACUAUUGAAUGUGUGCUACAAUGGCUUUCUUUGUAAGGCAUCACUUAUCCAAUUGAAUUAGUUUACCAAUGCAAUAAUCGUUGCCAUACACAUUUAAAUAAUGCAUGGUAAGAUUUUUUAUUUUUUUUUUCAUUCCUGGAGAAGUUGUCUUAUUACAUUCCUGGUAGCCAAAACUGUAUUUAGCAUGCCUGAUUUGCCGCGUUAGUCCGGAUCUCAUGGUGUAUAAUUUAAAAAAUAAACACCAAAUGUGUGAAUUAUUUGGCGUGA